AUGCACUGCACGCAACUGACCGUGGGUACGGCUGGCCGCGUGUUGCUCGACCGCGUCACGCUGGUUGCUCUCCGUGGAAAAGUCACGGGCAUCCUUGGCCCGUCUGGCGCCGGCAAAACCACACUGCUUAACACACUUCUCGGACGCGUCCCUCAAAACCAGGUCCAAGGUCAAGUCAGCACACGCGACCCAGCAUGUACCGACCCAGCAUGUACUGACCCAGCAUUAACUGACCCAGCAUUAACUGACCCAGCUAACACGCACCCUACGCGGACUGAUGCUGGACGUACAGAUGCUCUACACGCACGGACGGAUGCUCUACACUCGCUACGAACGGCAGGGGCCGGGGAAGGGACACGUGGCCGCGAAUCCUCCUUCGCGGAAUCGAACGCCAUCAGCGAGGAUGACUACACGACCAUCCGUUCGCUUUCACGCGGGGGAUUGCGUUCAGCCCAGACGCGCCUGGACUCUGUUUUCGCGGAAAGUGCCUGGCCGUCCUCCGCCCUGAACCGGACGCUGGACCGGACAUUAGACGGGCCCCUGAAUCGAGAAAGGACCCUUCCCCUGGACAGGACCCUGCCCGUGCCCCGGACAGGGGGCACUGUUUUGUUUACCGGUGCAAGUAGCUUCGCUGACCUACAGGAGAGUGCGGAGCGUUUCGGCUCCCCUCUGGAAGUCCCCUCCGCUCCGUUGGCCCCGGCAGAUGUGGCCUCUGCCACUGGUCUGUCGGUCGCCCGAGAAAGGUUGCGAGUGGGGUACGUGAUGGCCAAAGAUUCUUUGUAUCCGUUUUUGACGGUGCGCGAAACACUGGAACAGGGUGCAUGGUUGAGAUUGCCGGCGCGUCUAUCCAGGCGGUCGCGUGCAGCUGCAGUGGCGGCGGUCGUGCGGAGCAUGCAGUUAGGCGCGUGUCUUGAGCAACUGGUCGGCGACCAUAUUUCUCGGGGCGAGCGGCGACGACUGGCGGUUGCACUUGAACUUCUUGCCUCACCCGAUGUACUCGUACUCGACGAACCGACCAGCGGGGUCGACAGCGUGCUAGCGCUACAGCUCAUGCGGCUGCUACAACGACUGAGUCGCGAGUGUGGCCUUACAGUCCUCGCCACACUCCACCAACCAGCAGACCGCGUACUCGAAACUCUCGACCAUCUCGUUCUACUCAUGCAGGGCCGCGUCAUCUAUCAAGGACCCGUACCCGAGGUCACGCCUUUCUUCGCCGCACAUGCUGGCAUCGGCAAACCUGCACACUACUCAGUCGCUGACUUCAUGCUCGAAAUCGCAUCCUGUCCAGACCGCGCGACGGAACCCACCGAACGUGAGCUCGACCGCUACCAAUGGGAACCCUGUCACGACCGAGAACCCCCCCUCGACCGAGAACCCCGCCAUAACGAGCUGCCUCCCUUCUCUCCGAAGCUGGGGGGACCGGGUUUCCUCUCCGCAAGGAGUGCCGUCCAAACCGACAAAGGUGGCUUACUCGCUACUGUCGGUGCCGGCUGUGAUGAAGAAGAAAACCUCGACCCUCAACGGCGCGGCUGCGCCACCUGGCGCGGCCCCGGUCCGGGUUGUCUUGAGUCCCAAUCUCAGGCUCGCACUGUGGUGACACCAGGUGCAGGAUUACGGUCAGGUUCUGCAUCUUCGCACAUACAUACGGACUUGGUGCUUCCGAGACGUGCGGCGUCACGCUUGUUGAGUCGAACGUCGUCGUCGGGCGCUAAAGAGUGGACUAUGUCACGCGUGCUGCACCAGAUUUACGAGGCCUCGGGAUACGGCGCGCGAGUAGAGGCACUGAUCAUGACCCAGCGCCGCCAGUUCCGUCUCGCCCGAAUCCGGAUGGGGGUCGGGACUGAGUUCUCAGGAGCCGAGUUCUCAGGAGCGCGUUCUGGGAUGGAAUCCAGGAUGGGACCGGAGAUGGGAGGGCGGGUAGAAACUUCUGGUUCGAUGCCGUGUCUUAUGAGCGAGGUUCAAGGCGUGCCCGUCUCGGUGGAGGACCUCGCCGCCUUCAAUCAGGAUAAGGCUGUGUCGUGGCGCACACAGUUCCGGGUUUCACUUGACCGCGCUUGGAAACGUCGCUCUCGCACCUGGCUGAAGACGCUGGUCAUCUGGCUCGCUGCCUGGGUCCAGGCCACGCUUUUCGGUCUCGUUUUCUACGACAUUGGGGGGCCCGUCGAACAAGUACAGAUACCCGCCUUUAACACCUGGCCCUUCUGGCACUCUGACCCCAUCCGCUACCUCAGUACUGGACUCACCGGCGGUCGAGACGCCGACCCGGUGGUGGAAGUGGAUCCGGUGGGAAUUGAACCAGUGGUGGGAAUUGAACCAGUGGUUGGAAUUGAACCAGUGGUUGGAAUUGAACCAGUGUUGGGAAUUGACCGGGAAGUUGCAAUUGACUCAGGAGUUGACGCGGAAGUGGGAGGGGAAAUUGAAUCAGUGGAUCCAGUUGCGGUGGUUGGUAUCGGGGUGGGUGGUCGGAGGUUGGAAGCGGAGUCAUGGUCGCCGGCAUUUGGUUGGGAUUCGUCUUGGUCGCGCACACGUGUGCGGCAAGAUCCGUUUGUGGCGCUGGCGUCGGGAGGUGUUAACAGGCGGACUCGUUCGUCGGUGGUGUUGGAUGUAGUGGCGAAUUUGCCAGCGGUGAGUUCGUAUCUGACGGCGGUGGCGACAUGUUAUCGGACACAUAUGCCGGCGGCGGAGGGGUCGUUGUCGGAGUGGCGUGCAGACGACAAGUUUAAUGUGACCUUGGGUGAGGGUUACCCAAGUGUGCAGGACGUGCUUUCUGCGCUGGCGGCUUUGCCCCAAGUACUCUGGCUACUUGAACAUUCCGAAUUCAACUGGCCACCCCUCGAAGGAGUAGGACCCGAUCCUGUGCGUUACUUCCUACCAGGUGUUAUUCGAAGCGCCUCUCACAUGACACCACUCGUGUGCUGUCUUGGCAACCCUCUGCCGUUCGCUUUUAUAAUAACUAAGUUCACCAAACGAUGUCAACAACUUUACGGAACCGACUUGCCCACACCGCCUCGAGAUUGGCAAUGGUACGCAGCCGGCACUGACCUACAAGACAUCGCGCACACACUGGGUCGACCCGACUCUGGAACUGAAGGUCCAGCGGCCACUACUCCUCCCAGGAUACCCAACUAUUCAGAGCUAGGUGGGAGUAUUUCGAUUGGGGACAUGCCCAUCGGGCAGUAUAAUAGCGUGAUGGACAUGCCCAUAGCAGAGAAGUACAGCAGUAUCCCGUUACAGAAGCGAGCCUUUCUCGAGGAAUGGAUUAAAACUCACCCGGAUGACCAGAACCCUUCCGAAGAGGCUUUGGCCAACUGGGGUUUCAAGGCGUUCGAUGUCUACGAAGGAGCACGCCACGAACGUACGACGACCACCACCACCACCGCCGCCCCGCCAGCGCCGGUGCAGCUCGAUCGCGACCCGUUAGAGCUUUUGAAGGAAAUGAUUUUAGCGGGCGCACAAGCCAGCGCACAAGCCAGCGCACAAGCCAGCGCUCAAGCCAGCGCUCAAGCCAGCGCUCAAGCCAGCGCUCAAGCCAACCCUGCGACCGAGAUCGGUUCGGAAGGCGGCGAUGUACAGAGCGCUGCUCAGGAUGCUCUACAGAACGUCAACGUCGCCCCGUCUUGGGCAGCUCCGGAAGGGGCGUCUGGACAAGGGGGGUCUCGGACGGCUCCCCAAGACAGGAUAGUUCAACCAGGAGUUGGCAUUCUCCAAUCAGGAGCUGAGAUUACCCAGCCGGGGGUGAGUGGCGCCCCGGCUCGCCGAUUAUCGUCUGGGUUGGCGAAGACGGUGGAUGACGUGUUGGCGACGGUGACGAAAAGUACGCCGCGUUUGGAUCGCCUGGUGGCGUCGUUGCGUCGUUUGCAAACACGUGUUUCGAGUUGCCCGGGGGAAACGGCGACUUGUCGAUGGCUACGUCGUAAGGCGAGUGAAGUACAGAACGUGGUAGAUGAUUCGAUGGCAACGGUAGGCACGUUGUUGAAUGUUCAGGGUGUAAUUCUGUUCCUUUUGAUUAAUUUGGGGUUCAUGACUGCCGAGGUUUUGUCAGAUGGACACAAGUACCGAGUGCCCUUUAAUCGUGAGCGCUCGCUCAAACUGAUUCGUUCUAGCUCCCACUUAACCGCGAACAUGCUUGUAGACUUUCCCUUCCAUUCAGUCGUUGCCGGCAUAUUCACCACUGCCUUCCUGCUGCUUACGCGGCUCCCUCUGUAUUCCUACACUAUGGUCCUUUCGCUCUAUCUCACUGUAUGGCUGUUCAGCUGGUCCGCCUACUCCGUCGCGUAUGUGGUCGCCAGCAUCGUCGACCGCGUCGACAUCGGGGCAGUUUUACUCGCCGGUGUAACCGCCGUCAUGCUCAUUGUUACCGGCAUGUUUGUUGGCGACGCAGGACUCCCGGGAUGGAUACUCUGGCUUAAAUCUUUCAGCAUCUACCGCUUCGGCUACUCCGCUCUCACCCUGGUCCAGUUUCCCGACAACAAUAGCUUCGGUGUCCUACCAAAUGAAAUAGCACGUGCAAUUGCCGGGCUACAAGAAUGGGAUUACAGCUACAACAUCCUUAUGAUGCUCACACUAGGUCUAUUCUACAGAAUGCUCGCUAUCGUCUUCACUGAUAUGCUAUACAAGCACCUGAGUAAAUACCUCUACCCGGACUCCUCCUAUACUCCCGGCUACGCUGCCAAGAUCGUUACCCCAGACAUAAUUCACUACCUGACCAGUCAUGACCCGACGAAAUUACCUGACAUGAUUAUACCCCGACCCUACCAUACCCCGACCCUACCAUACCCCGACCUACCAUACCCCGACCUACCAUACCUCGACGGGCCAUACCCCUUACAUCAUCGAUCUUCUAACAGGACGGGUAAAAGCAUAAUAUAUGAUGCUAUCGUUUAUACGGACAACAAUAACCAAGUGAAGUAUCUCAGGGGAAGCAGUACUCAGGGGCACGUCGUGGACGCGAAGCAGGUAUCCGUGGACACAGCCGAACAAGUUGCUCAGCCGACUGGGCAAUCGAUUAGCUCGUCGAUUAGUCGCGAGGUCGUACCUCGACGAGGGCAGGAAACGAUUGGCGACUCAGAACUGGGAUUCGAGCAAACACAGCUCGCCCAAGCCCAGACGCAAGCCGCUCAAGCGCAGGCUGUCCAAGUUGAGCAGGAGCGUGUGGCCCAGCAAGAAGAGGACGCUGUUAACUUGACCGUUUCGCUCGCUGCCGAUGUGCAGAUUCAAGAACCUGUGGUUCCCGAAGCGGACCACCGCUUGGUUCAAGAAGCCGUGGUUCAAGAAGAGGCUGUGGCUCCCGGAGUAGCGAUGGCGCCAGCCGUUUACUUUGUUGCGGGGGAGGAGGUGGGUGGUUGGCCUGCGGAGGUGCAAGAUCCCGCCCCGGCGGAGGCGGUGAUGAAUGGGUCGCAGGCGGCAGAGUCAGUGGUGGGUGGUCCAAUAGUGGAGAAGUCAGCGGAAUUAGCCACAGAGUCGUCGUCAUCGGAGGGGUCGUCAUCGUUGCCGGCAGGGGGACCAUUGCCUGUGCGCGAGUACCUAAGUAGUUCUUUGUUGCAUGCGUUACAGGGUCGUGGAUUGGAUCAGUUUGUUUUAUCUGUUGAGCAGAUGUUAGCUCAAGGUUUGUCGGGUGCUCAGAGUCUGUUGUUACGUGACGCGCCAUGGGGUGUGCGACAGCGGGAGGCGAUUCGUCAGGCGAUAUUGGAUACUAUCGACGUGGCAGGAAGGGAAGCUCGGGCGGCGGUAAGUGAAAGUCAGUUUAGUGUUCCGUCAGCUCCCCCGUUGGGUAUCGUGCCGAUUCCGGCUCGGACGCCUGGUAAGUGGACUGGUCGUGCGGCAGCCGACGGAACUGGAGAGAAGUUACCAUCCUUCGCGGACGUGGUAGCAGACCGUUGGGCAGAGACGGUGAAGGAGACAGUGAACUUACCGAGGAUGGGUCCGUUUAAUCCGGCCAGUUGGCGACCUGAGGAAGUGGCGGCGGUUUUAGGUCCGUUAUUGAACAUGAUACCUCAUGAAGUGACACAGUUGAUUGAGCAUCGUGCCCGUGCACAAGCAGAUUUGGGAAUGGAUCAUCGUGCCAUUGACGCAGCUGCGAACGCCGCACAACGUGCGUUUGGAGACACAGUCUAUCAGGCAGAUGUCGCCGGCAUAGGACAUCUUCAGAUGGGCAAUAAAUGGGCACACUACAAACUGAAGCCCGCCAUCCUUGAUCUACCACUUUUAGGACCCGCCAAUCCCGCACAACAAUUAGCUGCUAACACGCAUAUCAGUCUACCCUUCAAGGCCUCACGAAUUGAUGGACCAAGACCACCUUUCCUAGCACUCGAAAACUUGGCACUACUCAACCCACUCAAUGCUUACGAACCAAAAAAGGCUAAACCCGAACUUCCACUACACUCCAUACUCACACCCGUGGACCGCAGAAGGAGAAGACUCAAUUCCAUCGAUGACUUCAUCAACGAAUGGCAUCUACUUGAACGACCAUUCCUCCGAAAAAUACUCCAUUAUCUCCCUUCAUCCAAACGAAACACUGAUGACUCCCUUGACGGACAGACCAUCGCAAACGGACAGACCAUCGCAAACGGACAGACCAUCGCAAACGGACAAUCCGCUGAUGAUCGCAGUCAAGAAACAAACAAAGAACCACGCAGAGAGGAUCAGGCACGGGGCUUGAUGCGGCGAACCACAGAGGCAUUUGAGGAGGACGCCACCAGAUCUAACCAAGAGCUUCAUGAGGACAGCCAGGAUACACUUUCUAUAAUGACUGGAAAAAGACACAUGAGAGAUAAAAUCGAAUUCGGUGAUGACCAUGAUGUACUCCGAGGAACUGACAUCUAA